UUUGUCGUUCUUCAAAUACCACCCGUGCCAGCAUGACGAGCCCAAUUACCAAUGACUGGCAGGCACGCGGCGCCGAGAAACGACUACGUUGCCAGACUCAGAUACCAAAAGCCUGGCACUUGCCCUCUCCGCUCGUGCAGGGCCUCAAGCACCCGCUCGAGUCUUCAAAAAACAACCUUAUCGAGCUCGACAUUGCCCGCCGCUCAGGUCUUCUCACGGAGAAAGAGCUCAAGAUCACAGAAGGCUAUGACGUCCAGGGCCUCCUUAACGCGCUUGCAUCCGGGCAACUUUCCUCACUUGAUGUGACGGUGGCAUUUUGCAAGAGGGCAGCUAUUGCUCAGCAGCUGACGUCCUGUCUCACCGAGAUAUUCUUCGAACAGGCCCAAGAGCGAGCCAAGCAUCUGGAUGCUCUCAGAGCGAAGGGCAAAAUUGUUGGCCCUCUCCAUGGACUGCCUAUCAGCCUCAAGGACAGUUUUCAGGUCCGCGGUACCGAUGCGACCGUUGGGUUUGUUGCAUACCUCGACAAUGGACCAUCUCAAGAAAAUUCUUAUAUGGUCGAUACUUUGUUAAAUCUAGGCGCUGUGUUGUACUGCAAAACCAAUAUUCCACAGACACUCAUGACUGCUGAUUCGCAUAACAAUGUCUUCGGCCGGGCACUCAACCCUUGGAACACAAGCCUCACCGCAGGAGGGUCCACAGGUGGCGAAGGUGCCCUAAUUGCGUUUCGGGGCUCACCUCUUGGCGUAGGCACUGAUGUCGCAGGAUCAAUCCGCAUCCCUGCUCUUUGCUGCGGCUUAUACGGCUUCCGCCCGACGACGUGCAGAACCCCGUACGGAAAACAAGCACCAAUCUCCAACCCGGGCCUGCGGACUAUUCUGCCUUCUGCCGGUCCUCUCGCAAACGACGUCGGCGCCUUGGAGAUCUUUCUGAAAUCAGUCAUCAACUCCAGGCCGGCGCUGCUUGAUUCAACAGUGCUCGAUGUGCCCUGGAGGAACGUUCGCCCACCGAAGGCAAGGCUCCGGUUCGGUGUGCUUGCUGAGGACCCGCUGCUGCCUUUGCACCCACCGGUUAAGAAGGCCGUUUCUGACACAGCGGAUCUACUCCGGUCCCAGGGACACGAGAUCGUCCAGUUAAGCGCUCAAGAGUGUCUGACUGCCGCAAGCUACGACGUGGCUACCCAGUUGUUCAGCCUGGACAAAACGUCUACCAAGAUACUCGCCAAGGCUGGCGAGCCGCUUGUCCCAUCACUUGUCUUUAUCCGAAACGCAAUGAAGGAAGUCAAUUGGGACCGAGAUUUCCUGCCAGACACAAGGACUAUCAAAGACUCAUUGGAGAGGCUCGCAUUCCUCAAUGUGAAGAGGUCCGAGAUCCAAGACCUUUGGAAGAAGAUGUGGGUGGCCCGGGGACUAGAUGCUGUAAUUGGUCCUGGAGCGCAGACGACGGCUGUAGAGCAUGAUAUGUAUGCUUUAGCGCCGUACACUUGCCUCUUCAGCUUCCUUGAUUAUCCUGCGUGCGUAAUACCUGUCGGUUCAGUCGAGAACCCAAGUCCAGCCGAAAACCUCGUAAAGCGCCCAGGUCAGACUGUACCACCUUACAACCCGGCAAAUUUGGAGGGUGCUCCAACAUCCAUCCAGAUUAUUACUACGACGAUGCGUGACGAAGAAUGCCUGGAGAUUGCCAAGCUUAUUGACACGUAUCAUGCAGGCCCCGGAAGUCGCAAUGGCGCAAGUUCUUCCAAGUUGUAAUUAGAUACCUCGUACAGUUUGGCUUUGGGUAUUAACC